AUGGAUAAGUUUGUCACCAGGUUAAAACGUGGACAACCAAGCUCUAGUUCUACUAUUUCACCUGUUGCUUCAUCCAUACCUUCGGAAGUUCAGAGGGAUACAAAUCCUUCAAAUAUCAAUUUCAAUUAUUUGAAAGUAGACCCGGCAGACAGAAGGCCUAUUGCAGAAUAUGACCCUAAUAUACGCGAUGAAGUUAGAAGAUAUUAUAUUCAAAAAGGACCUUGUCAGUCUAUGAAUCAUGAUUUUCCAAAAACUCAGUUUGGGAAGAAAAAGAAAACAAUGCUUCAGUUUCAUCCUGGCUGGUUCAAAGGUCGACAUUCCAAGUGGUUAGAGUACAAUAUAUCAAAAAAUGUUGCUUAUUGUUUGUGUUGCUAUUUGUUUAAAAAUGAGCAUGAUGUUCGUGGAAAUAUGGGAGAUGCUUUUACAAAAAAGUAUUAUAAGGGUUGGAACAAGGCUAAGGAAAGAUUCAAAACUCAUAUUGGAGAGGUAAAUAGCAUCCACAACAAGUGUUUCAACAUGAUAAUUGAUUUGAUAAAUCAAUCACAAUCAAUUCGCACUUCUUUUGACAAGCGUAACGAGAAAGACAAAAAUGAAUCUCGACAUCGCUUGGGUGCUUCAAUUGAUGUGGCAAGGUUUCUCUUAAGAUUAGGAUUGUCGUUUCGUGGUCAUGAUGAGAGCAUAUCAUCUACAAAUAGAGAUAUUGUUGAUGCUUGUGCAAAAGAAACAAUCAAAGCUAUUAUUGAAGACUUGGAUGGUGAUUAUUUCGGAAUACUGGUUGAUGAAUCGAAGGAUAUAUCACACAAGGAGCAAAUGGCACUUGAGACAAUCUAUUCUUUUCUUUCGGGUCACUCAUUAAGUCCAUCCCAAAUACGUGGACAAGGUUAUGGUGGUGCUAGUAACAUGCAAGGAGAACUAAAUGGUCUUAAAAGUUUAAUUUUGCGUGAUACUGCAUUUGCAUAUUCCACUCAUUGUUUUGCUCACCAAUUGCAGUUGACACUUGUGGCUCUUGUGAAGAAAAAUUCAAAUGUGGAUGAUUUUUUUAUAUAG